AUGGAAGAUGUGGAGAACAUAAGGACUUCAUAUAAAGUGCUGAAAUGUAAGUGUGUCUACCUGAAAAGCUAUCUGGAGCAUAUUGUUACUGUGGCGAAAAGAUCCUCCGACCUUCUUUUUCGCGCUCUUCAGAUUCCAAGAGAUAUUGAAUGGAACGACCUACUACUUACGCAUUGCAUAGAAAUGAGCGAGAGGCAAAGGGCUGUGUUUGAUGAGGCAGGGGUAUUUUAUGGAGAAACCUUGUUUAAGGAGCUUGAUGGGCUGAUUGCGACUAUAGUCAAUGAUAUGAAGAUGAUUGACGAGGAGGUAAAGGCCAUUUCUGAGAGGCCAGCAGAAGGCCUGAAGGAACUGAGGAUAGCCCGAAACAGACACAUGGAGGCUUGGACACAUGGAAAGCAUGACCCGUGGUUGACAGAGCUCGGCCUGAAAAAGGCAGUUAAGAAGGUUCUCCUUAUGGAUGACGAGGCGAACAAUGUGAUGUAUGGAAAGGUUGGGGGAUUUAAUAUGUCCUUACAGAGUGCAGCAGACAGGUUUAAAGAAACCCUCCUGAGUCUUAUGAGGAUUCAGAAGCAGAAGUACCAAAAGCUUCGGGACUCUGUAGAUAUGGAAACCAAGAGAUGUGAGGAGAUGGAUAGGUUUUUUGACACCAUCUCCGAAUCACCAAAAGAGGUUAGAGGGGAAGCAAAGAAGGACGAGAAACUCAAAGAGAAGGUUGAUGCCUCGUUUGAGACAUUUGUAGAGGAGAUAAGCAAGGAGCUGUCAGGAAAGGGUAUAACAGUUAGAAAGAAUCUGGAAAUUGUAAAGUCCUCUAUAUGCAAAGUGAAAAAGGGAUAUACAGGGGAUUGGAUAGUGGCAUAUCUAGGGGUCACGUCCACGGGAUAUGCACACUUCUUUGAUGUCUCGGGGUUGUUGAACGAAGCAGAAGGUCUCAAGAACAUCAUUAAUAAUUUAAACAAUAGCACGAGCAAAGGCUUUAUAUCCAUGUUUGAUGGAAGCAAGCCCAGAAAGGAAUCUGGGGAGGACAGAAUGAUUUUUGAGAUAAAUACCAGGAUCGGCGAGACGGUCGAGACUCUUUCAAGUCCGGUGGUUUCGAUUAAUCUAAAUGAUAACACCUACGAGCUCGAUAGAGAGAGAAAACAAAUCUCGGUAAGUAGUAAGCACCAGAACGGGUUUGCAAGUUUCUUUGGGGUAUGUGAGGUGAAGAUCAAGCUCUUCUCUCUUUCAAAUGCAAUAGAGAUAUUCCAUACACUCAAAAAUAGGAACAAACUUGAGGAAAGUAUAGACAACUUUGCCGAAGGUCCCAGGAAAGAAGUCAAUGAAGGAGUUGGGCUUAAGGUUCUGCUACAAGAGGAGAAUCCCUGGGUUGAAGGAUGA